UCGGGCGCGGGGCUGCUGGCAGCUAGGGGCCCGCGGGAACCAUGCGCCGGGGGCUGGCGGGCGCCUGGGCCGUGCUCGGCCCGCUGCUCUGGGGCUGCGGGCUGGCGCUGCUGCAGGGCGGGAUGCUCUACCCCCGGGAGAGCCGGUCGCGGGAGCGCAAGGAACUGGACGGCCUCUGGAGGUUCCGCGCCGACUUCUCCCAGAACCGGCGCCAGGGCUUCGAGCAGCAGUGGUACCGGACGCCGCUGCGGGAGUCGGGCCCCAGCCUGGACAUGCCGGUUCCCUCCAGCUUCAACGACGUAGGCCAGGAUGGGCGGCUGCGGAGCUUCGUUGGCUGGGUGUGGUAUGAACGGGAGGCCACCCUGCCCCAGCGAUGGACCGAGGACCUGGGCACAAGAGUGGUGCUGAGGAUCGGCAGCGCCCACUACUACGCCAUCGUGUGGGUGAAUGGGGUCCAUGUGGCAGAGCACGAGGGGGGCCAUCUCCCCUUCGAGGCUGACAUCAGCAAGCUGGUCCAGAGUGGGCCCCUGUCCUCCUGCCGCAUUACCAUCGCCAUCAACAACACGCUCUCCCCCCACACCCUGCCGCCAGGGACCAUCCUCUACAAGACGGACACCUCCAAGUACCCCAAGGGUUACUUUGUCCAGAACACAAACUUUGACUUCUUCAAUUACGCGGGACUGCAUCGGACUGUGCUCCUCUACACCACGCCUACCACCUACAUCGAUGACAUCACCGUCACCACCGACGUGGACCAAGACACUGGGCUGGUGAAUUACCAGAUCGUCGUCCAGGGCAGUGAGCACUUCCAGCUUGAAGUGUGUCUCCUGGAUGAGGAAGGCAGGGUCGUGGCCAAGGGGACAGGGGGCCGGGGCCAGCUGCGGGUGCCCAGUGCCCACCUCUGGUGGCCGUACCUGAUGCACGAGCACCCUGCCUACCUGUACUCGUUGGAGGUGAAGCUGACCGCACAGACGGCUGCUGGGUUUGUGUCUGACUUCUACACCCUCCCCGUGGGGAUCCGCACUGUGGCUGUCACAGAGAGCCAGUUCCGCAUCAACGGGAAGCCUUUCUAUUUCCACGGGGUCAACAAGCAUGAGGAUGCAGACAUCCGAGGGAAGGGCUUUGACUGGCCGCUGCUGGUGAAGGACUUCAACCUGCUGCACUGGCUGGGCGCCAAUGCCUUCCGCACCAGCCACUACCCCUACGCAGAGGAGGUGAUGCAGCUCUGUGACCGCUAUGGGAUCGUGGUCAUCGACGAGAGUCCCGGCGUGGGCAUCGUGCUGGCCCAGAGCUUCAGCAACGUGUCUCUGCAGCACCACCUGGAGGUGAUGGAGGAGAUGGUCCGCAGGGACAAGAAUCACCCGGCUGUUGUGAUGUGGUCUGUGGCCAACGAGCCUGCUUCCUUCCUGAAGCCGGCUGGUUACUACUUUAAGACGCUGAUUGCCCACACCAAAGCCUUGGACCCCUCCCGGCCCGUGACCUUUGUGACCAACUCCAACUAUGAAGCAGACCUGGCGGUGCCGUAUGUGGACGUCAUCUGUGUGAACAGUUACUACUCCUGGUAUCAUGACUACGGGCACAUGGAGGUGAUUCAGCUGCAGCUGGCAACCCAGUUUGAGAGCUGGUAUAAGACCUACCAGAAGCCAAUUAUUCAGAGCGAGUACGGAGCAGAAACCAUCACAGGGUUUCACGAGGAUCCACCUCUGAUGUUCAGUGAAGAGUACCAGAAAGGCCUGCUUGAGCAGUAUCACGUGGUUCUGGAUCAGAAACGAAAAGAAUAUGUGGUUGGAGAGCUCAUCUGGAAUUUUGCUGAUUUUAUGACUGACCAGUAUUUCCUUUUGAGUCUGUGCCAAAUGCAAGUAAUGGUGGCUGGUGCCCUACUCGUUCUUAUUUGGGUGGUCUUCAUUUAUUUCCAUACCAUGAAUCUACUAAAAAGCUCCUAGAAUUAACAGAUAUUCUCAAAUACCACCUUCAAGGAAAAAACUGCAUAGCCGACAUUAAGGCAAGGCAAGUUUCUUCUUAUGUGUUCUCCAAAGUUGGUAGAUUUCCCCUUAACUGGCACCAUGUUAUCUGCACUCUGUAUAUACCUUGAAAUGGAUGCUGUACAUGUCUUAUCAAAUCCUGGCUGCAAAAAGUACCCUUUGUGGGGAGUGUUUGAAGAUCACCCCAAACAUUCAUCUGUGGAUUUUAAUUUGAAAUCAACUUGGACCAUCAGAAAUCUAUGCUUUUGGACAAUAUUGUCUCUAUGUAAAGUUGCUUGCAGUGAGUUUCAUGUUGGCAUUAUGUCUUGGUAAUUCCUAAAGGAAACAGUCAUAUGAAUGAACUCCUUUACAACUGACCCUUGAAUAACACAGGUUUGAACUACAUAGGUCCACUUAUAUGCAGAUAUUUUUCAAUAAAUACCUAUAGUACUACAUGAUCUGAGAUUGGUUGAAUCCGAGGAUGUGGAACCAUGAAUACGGAGAGAGCCGACUGUGGGCCUUGAGCAUCUGUGGAUUUUAGUAUCCACAGCAGGUCCUGGAGCCAAUCCCCUGUGGAUACCGAGGGAAUACCUGUACUUUGUUUCCUAUAGGAAUGCUGCUGAAAACACUGUCUACAUGUCUCUGUGUCCUUUAUGUGAAACCCUGCAAGACAUUUCUUAUAUAGUUAAUAGGGAAAAAACUGCCUCCCCUGAUGAG